CUACGGUUGACGCCUUGACGCUAGGGUUUAUGAAUUUUCUUGUAAAUUUAUAUGCAAUUUUUACAACAAUUUCGUUUAUUUAAGUGAUGUAAUUAAAUUUUCCUUUAAUAACUAGUUUAGACUUAUUAAUGUUUUGCUUCAGAACCUGUUUCCAUGGAACUAUAGGACAAUUGCAUUGCUAUUAUGCGUCUUUUAUCAUUUUGCAUGUGCGUGAAAAGACAUGUCAGAAUAUAGGAGAUAAGUAAUUUCCAGUUGUAUCGACAAUGUGAUGCCGAAUGAGAAUGAACAGUAAAUAUAUUAUUACGUGUGCUGUGAACAGAUGAUCAAUUUUGUGGUAAUGAAACGAACAAAAGUGUAAGUGUCGGUACAAUUUUUGACAGCCGGCAGGCUUGUCGUGUGACUUACAAUCGGUUCCCAAUAAAAAUGAACAGUCGCAGUAGUGUAAAUGAAACGAAUUUGGUGAAUUUCCCCACGGACCUGGCGACGCUUAGCCCAUUGGACUCAAAAGACGGAUUGUUGAGUUUUCCAUUUGAUCAUAUUUACGCCUGUCACUCUGAAAGCUCGGAUCGCAGGCAAACACUACAGUUGGACAAGGAGGUGGAAAUAUCUACGCACUGUGUGAUUCCUGACGAUAAGGAACUACUGAUAAAUGCCAACACAGAGAUAUCUGACCUCACUGAACGGUUGGUGAAAGCAGAGAACGAGAAUAAAAAACUUAAAGAUCUUAUUAUAUAUCACCUGGACCUAAUACAACAGCAAAACGAUCUUAUUACUAAGAGAGAAAAGGUCUACCAGGCUAUCAAACAAGAGAAUGAUACACUUAAAGCUAGAGUGAAUCGUGCGGAUAAAAGAUUACCUGUGAGUCAAAGACAAGGUAUAUCCACAACCCAAAUAGUUCAUGUGCCAACACCACCUGUCACUUCAACGGUAGUCAAGAGUGAGCCAGGAACCGCUUCGCAGAUAAUGCUAAACAGCUUUACAGAGCUACUCUUGCCAGAUAACAGAUCAAAUCCAUACAUUUUCGACAGUGAUCUUAACAAAACCAAACCAUUUGGACAGGAGCCUUUCGAUCUUCCAAGAUCUACAGAGACAGAUGUGUCAAGCUAUUUAACAAGCGAUCUUGGCGUAUCGAGUAUUUUGGACAGUAAUUUGAAUUGCGAAGACUACACAAUGAUUGAAAGCAAGCGUUCUUUUAUCAAAAAAGACAUAAAGACUGAACCACGCCCAGAGCCACUGUACACUGUUACAUCCAAUAGUGGUGGCAAUCCUGUGAUCCAAAGAAUACAAAGGAAUAGGAGAAGAACUUCUACUCUUGGUAGUUUAAGUCGGAUGUCAAAAAAUCCAAAAGUGGAUCCCGAACCCAGCAAAAUGUUUGAAGAUGAUAAGAGUUUCGAUCGCUCAUUUAAUGUGAACAAAAAAUCUAAAAUGAUCAACACAUAUGGGAAGUCUCGGACAAGCACAAGUACGACAAAAACGCCGGGUCCGUUUACCACGUCCCUUUCGGACCGGUUCCAGUUGAUUGACACCCCGCCCAGCGGUGAGGAUCCCUAUCAGCUCGGGGAAGCAGAUCUCAGGGAACAAUCCCCCAUACCCAAGCUUAUGCUACAGAAAACCAACCAUGGCCGAAUGAGAGUAUGCACGGAGACUGGUGCAGAAUCCACUACUACGUCUCGCCGCAUUUACGACACUACCGAUGAUGACAAAUUGAGUAGCAGGUUCAGGUACAACCUGCCCAAUCCCUACAUGCAUCCCUCGGAAUUGAAGUCUGACUCGCCUAAGACACUCAUUGUUGAGGAACCUGAUUUGGACAUAGUCAAGACAGAAACUGAGAUUGACUGGCGAAUGUAUAAUCCAAACAAGCCGGGUAAUGAAACAAGUCUCUGUGACUUUUCAUACGGCGAGACUACGAGCAAUUUAGAGUCGUCGAUGUUACCCUCGUUGGAUUCUGUAGAAUUUGCGGAUCUAUUUUCAACGGAUUCUCCAUUGAAUUUGGAUAGUUUCACUGCGGAUCCGGAUUUUCCUCCUGUGCCGGCUGAUAAACCUGCCAACGAGAAGUCCAAGAAACGAGGAGGUCGGACUACUAGUCUCGUAGGGCCUAAUUUGCUCGAAGAGGAGUCAGGUGAAAUUAAACGAGGCACCGAUAGCAAACGAGGCAGAAAACGUGCACUAUCCACCACUGGGCUGUUGAAAAAUAUUAAACGUGAAAAUGCCCCGAAACCAGGUGCACCUAAACCAAAGUUAGUUAAGGGUAAAGCUCCCACUCGCGGCAAGAAGUCUCCUCUCCCAGGAAUGGUGACCAAGGAGCCAUACCACACUCUAGUAGGUGAUCCGGAUUUAUCGUGGUACCUGGGCUUGGAUCCUGACGUGAAACUGGAAGAUGUUGAACCAUCCGGCGAUACAGCUGCUUCUACGGUCGAGGUGCCACGUUGGAGGGAGAAACCAUACACGAGUUGCUACACGAUGGAGGGGACAGAAAACUUAGACGACAAAGUUUUCGAGAAGCGACAUCAAAAAUUAGAAGCAGAAGAGCGGCGGCAACUUCGUUGGCACAUGCGGCGAAUCCGCGAGCAGCGGCACGUGGAGCGGCUGCGGCAGCGGCAGCGGGAUUCGUGGUGCGGCGGCGGCGGCUCGCCGGCGCACGCGCAGCCCGCCGUCUACACCGUGUGGCCGCAGCCGCAGCGUGACGUGCGCUUUAUUGAGAUCACCGACACGCUGCCUGUCAUGGCGUUCGGCGAGAUACUCCCCGCGCUGCCAGAGUCGGAUUUCGUGUUGCCAUGGGUGCGAAGCUCAAAAGCCAUGAAGAGAUCGAAACGAUCUAAAACACUGCACUAAACACAGGAGGCGGGGCAAUUCAACAAAGAAAAAUAAAUAUGUAUUAGAUUUUUCGCAUAAGUUGCAUUAAAAAUGUCUAAAAAAUAAUAAUACUAUUUAGUCACAACGAUUUAGUAUGAGCUCAGAGACAGCUCCCAGUGUAAUUGAAGCUCCUAGAACUAGAGAGCAUUAGACGACCUUCGGUAUUAGGUUAUACACAGUGUACUGGGAAUAUAGAUCCACACAAUAAACAAGCAAGGCACCUGUCUGUGCGAGUGUACAACUACAUAAUUGGAAACCUUGUUGAUCUUUUGAAGCGUUUGUUUGUGUCCGUACAUGCUGAUUAGGAUUAAAUCCAUAUUAGAUUGAAGUUGAACAAUAACUAUGUCAGGAAGCGAUAACGUCGCAGCCUUAAGUCGAAUGUAAGGAUAUAAAUGUUUGUGUAAUAGUUGUAAUAGUGAUUACUUACCUUUUUCUAUGCGCGUAUAAAAUAGCACCUGGUUAGAACAGACUGGCUUUCAAAAAAGUUGGUAUUUACCCAAAUAUCAAUGCUGCUUUGUCAUCUUUGAGCUCUCUAAAUCUUCUAACUCAUAAUUAAUCUCUAGACACUGUAUGUAUGCUUUAAUUUAUAAAAAAUGAAUGGACUGAGUUGUAAAUAUUGCAGGUACGAGAUAUGAAUUUAUAAGGAACGAGGUUUGUAAAUGCGAGUUGAUUGUAUGUUGUUUACCUUGUACUCAUGUUAGACAAGUUAGGUGAAUUGUUCGUGUCCAGAUAGAUGUACUUUUCUUCAGCUUGUAUUCGGCAAACAAAAUAAUAAUGUAGAUUUUCAAGUGAUUUUCCGCGUAAUAUUUGAUUAAUUCAUUUCGUAACUAGAUUUUUUAUGCUAUUAACAUGAAUUUUAAUGACUGUUAAUACACUGACACCGACCACCGAGUUUUAUUAUUUGUUGUUUUAUAGUUUGCAAAAUAACCAUACCAAGUUUGAUAGCUUCACGCCUAUAUCCCCGUAGAGGUAGGCAGAGGUGUAUUACACCCACCCACUCCUCGCCAGGUAUCUUUUAGUCCCAUGUAAUAGGGACGAAGUUUGACGCUUGAAAUUAUUAUUUUUAUUAUUUAUGGGUAAUUUUUAACUGGCUAUCAGGACAAAUAGACGGACGGACAGACAAACAGCGUAGGCUUAGUAAUAGGGUCCCGUUACGGUAGAUGCGGUACCCUAAAAAGUUUGAUAAAUCUGUACCUAUCUACUAUCAUACAACUGACUUUAUAAACGAUUUUGUACUAUAAAUUUAUAAACGAAUUGUUAUUAAUGUAACGAAACGGCUAAUUGAUGCAUUCUUUGAAGUACCUUUUUUUUACCUCAAAAUAGGGAGAAAAAUAUGUCUACUGGCUUUGUUUUUUGUAACUUUUAGUAUGCGAGAGGGUGAAAAAUGUGUUUUAUUAUUUUUUUCUGGUUGUCUUUAUUACUCUGACAAGGCAUAUAGUAUGCCAAAGUUGUAAGUGUUGUAAGUGUAAAUAUUCCAUUAUAAAGAAUCUGAAGUUUGUCCUCUCUCAGGCUAUUGGUGACGUAGCUAGUAUAGAAUGUGCCAUCCAUAAACAUUUGAAAUGAUUAAAUAAUUUCGAAUAAAUAACCCGUCUUAAGAGAAUCUAAUUUUACGACUCAUUUAAAAAUUAUUUUGACCAUAACUAUUAUCAUCAUAUGUUUCACAAAUUUAGGGUAGUAAUUGCCUGUUUUAUUUAGCUGUUCAUUUUGAAUAUCUGUAGAUGGUACUUUCUGUACCUUCGGAAUUAAUCGUAUAUAUUAUAUAGCAUUAUUUUUAUAAUUACUUGGUAAGAUUCCACUGAAAUUUGUAAAUAUUUGACUCUGCUGUUGAAUAAUUCUUUAAAUGCGGUCUUAUUGGUCGUCUUAUUUUAAUGAUAUUUUAUUUAGGAAACUAUGUAAUAAGCGGUAAUUUAAUUAAAUAUUUGCCUUUUUGAAUUUGUUUUAAAUGACAGGAAACCUUAAUUGUGUUAAUUUAGUAUUUAUGACGAAAAUGUAUUGUUUGCAUUUUUUAUCUAUUGACCGGCCACAAGUAGCACGAGCGUGAGUUUGACGCACUAAUUACUUGGUGUUUUCUUGCUGUUUUAUAUUUACAGUACAUCCUUUGUAAUCAUUUUUGUAAGACUGAAUUGUUGCUUGCUUGGUGGUUAUAUUGUAAAAGCGUGAACAUUUUCGAAUAUAAUCUUAUAACAAGUGAGAAAGUCAUUUAUAACUAUUAAGAGAAAAGUCUUGUUUCCAUACAUGUAAUAUGUGAGAGAUAAUAAUCCAGUUAUUUAUCGAGAUGAGUAGGAAUAUUUAACUUUCGAUAGCACGUUAAAUCAGCAUUAACAAAUUGACUUACGCUGAACUAGUCUUAAGUUUCUGGCAAUCAGCCUCGCAGCGGUAUCUGUAGGUAGAGAUUAAUUAAACCGUAUCUAAUAAAUUUACGAGUUUUCGCAAACAGAUGCAUUGGUUUGAUUUGUCAAUACCAGGGCGGCGACGCUCUUAACGAAGCACAAACACAACCGAGUCACUAUUACAUCACAAGACAUACGAGAGUGAUUCAAAUCUUACUUGUGGCUGUAGCAUAGGAAAAUCAAACUUGUUUUAAGUAUUAUGUAGAAUAUGGUUGUUGUUAAAAUGUUUAAUAUAAUUAUCUUAUCCAAAACAAUAAAAUGUAGCGUUAGCAGUGCAACUCGAUACGUAUUCGAGAAUAAAUGUUAUAAUACCUAUCAAGGUUUAUUUAUUGUAACGUGUCUAUUAAGGGCUUACGCACUGUUUAUCGUCAUGAAAUAUCAAGAUCUCAUUAAAAUAAUGUUUAUAUUGGAAUAAUGAUGCAGUAAAAAUAGUUAUAUUGUCUGUGUGCUUCUAAAUCGCCAUUGUUCUCAAUGCGGGUAGAAAUGAAUAUACCCGAACACAUUAACACAGCGUCUGUUAGCAGUUUGAACAAAAGAACAUUGCAUAUCACUUAGACAAAAGAUUUCCCCUAGUUAUGAUAUUGUUCCAGCUAACAAGGCAUUUAACUAUAAUUUAUAUUACAUUUUUUCUAUUAUUAAAGCAGAUCGUGAAUAACAUCGGACUUUGUUGUAGUAUACUUUUUAAAUUUCAAAGAAAUUGUUGUAAAUUAAUGUAGUGUAGGUAUUAUCACGCAUUUAAUCUCAAAAUUGUAUGUUUCAGUGUACAAGCUAGUAGUGUGAUUAUAACACUAUUAAAAGUAGGUAGCUUAAUAUUUAUCUUCCCUAAACUAUAAGAAUCUUAUUUCGAUGUAAUUACGAAUUCAUGUGAUACUUCAGACUAAGUUGUAUAAGUACACGGAAAUAAAGGACCUUUGACUUUAGAACAGUGCAA